CUACUUCAGCAGCAGAGUGUAUGCAUGGAAGAAUCAGUCGUUUUCCUGUGCAUAGAUAACAUUUUAUUUAAUAGUGUUUUUUGCUAGUAAGGUGUGUGUCAUUGAUUACAUGCAUUUUAAGUUGGAGAAGACACUGUUUAUCCUAAGGCUGAAAAGAAGAGGAACAAUCACCAAAGAGUUCUUUGUUUAGCUGCUGAUUAAGUGAGAGUGGGACAGAACACAGCAGAAGCAUAACAGGCAGAAGAGAAGAGAAGAAGUGUUUUGCCCUUCUUAAACAUGGCGGAUGUUGCCCAGAAUCUGCCAUAUUUUUUUGGCAAUAUUACCCGUGAAGAAUCUGAAGAUUACUUGAGGCAAGCUGGUGCAACUGAUGGCCUGUAUUUGUUGCGGCAAAGUCGGAGCUACCUUGGUGGUUAUGCUCUGUCAGUUGCACAUGGCAGACAUUUUUACCAUUAUACUAUUGAAAGAGAGUUGAAUGGAACUUAUGCCAUUUCAGGUGGCAUAUCUCAUAGCAGUCCUGCUGAACUGUGUCAUUAUCACACAUUAGAGAGCAGUGGACUUGUCUGCUUGCUCAAGAAACCAUGUAAUCGGCAACCUGGUGUUCAACCAAAAACUGGACCAUUUGAAGAUCUUAAGGAACAUCUCAUUAGAGAAUAUGUACAUCAAACGUGGAAUUUACAGGCUGAAGCUCUGGAACAAGCUAUUAUCAGCCAAAAACCUCAGCUAGAGAAGCUAAUUGCCACAACUGCCCAUGAAAAAAUGCCAUGGUUCCAUGGAAGGAUUUCUCGUGAAGAUUCUGAGCAGCUCCUUAUCAGUGGAGUAAAACCAAAUGGAUCUUUUCUAAUAAGAGAACGAGAUAAUAAUGGAUCAUAUGCUCUAUGUUUGCUACACGACAGAAAGAUUUCUCAUUACCGUAUUGACCGAGACAAAACUGGAAAGUUAUCAAUACCAGAUGGGAAAAAAUUUGAUACUCUCUGGCAGCUGGUUGAACAUUAUUCAUACAAACCUGAUGGACUUCUGAGGGUCCUGACAGAGCCAUGUCCCCGAGCAACUGGAUGCAAAGAAAGCUUUAUAUUUAAUCGUGGAGCAUGUCCAGCACCUCCUACCCACCAUCAAUUGUCAUCAGUGCAGAGUCCUGCAGACUCCAUGAGACGGAACCGAAGUUCUACAGCAAUAAAUGAGUAUGCACGUAGGCCAAAUGUAGAAGUCACAAAGGAGUCUAUGCCUAUGGACACUGAUGUCUAUCGAGGAAUAUAUGAAGACCCAGAUGAGUUCCGACCCAAGGAUGGCCAAAUUGCUCCAGAACAGCUUACUUUGCUUGAUACUGAACUAGGAUCUGGCAACUUUGGAAAUGUUAAAAAAGGAAUGUUAAAGACAUUAAAAUCUGAAAAAACAGUAGCUGUUAAAAUUCUUAAAAAUGACAACAAUGAUGAGUCAUUGAAGGAUGAGCUCCUCAAAGAAGCCAAAGUCAUGCAGCUACUGAAUAAUCCCUACAUUGUGAGAAUGCUUGGAAUAUGUGAAGGGGAAUCAUGGAUGCUUGUCAUGGAGCUGGCGGGACUUGGGCCUCUAAAUAAGUUCUUGGCUAAAAACAAGAAUGUUACAGAACAUAAUGUAACAGAGCUUGUACAUCAGGUCUCCAUGGGAAUGAAGUAUUUAGAAGAAACAAAUUUUGUUCACAGAGACCUGGCAGCACGAAAUGUUUUGCUGGUCACGCAACAUUAUGCCAAAAUCAGUGAUUUUGGGCUUUCCAAAGCACUUGGAUCUGAUGAAAAUUAUUACCAAGCAAAGACUACUGGGAAGUGGCCAAUGAAAUGGUAUGCCCCUGAAUGUUUAAACUAUCAUAAAUUUUCAAGCAAGAGUGAUGUUUGGAGUUUUGGAGUUCUAAUGUGGGAGGCAUAUUCCUAUGGUCUAAAGCCAUAUCUGCGAAUGAAAGGUAAUGAUGUGACAGUUUUUAUUGAGUCUGGAAAACGCUUGGAGUCCCCUCAACGUUGUUCACCAGAAAUGUACAAUUUAAUGAAAUUAUGUUGGACAUAUGGUAUGGAUGAACGACCUUCUUUUGCUGUAGUUGAACUAAAACUUCGCAGUUAUUAUUAUGACAGUUCUCACUGAUUUGAAGAAGAAGCACAGCCAUGAACUUUUCCAGGGUGUUCGGGACAUACAGUAUCUAGUUUGUGUAUAUACAGUACUAUAUAUAUAAUUUUAUAUACUGUAUGUAUAUAUAUAUAUAUAUAUAUAUAUAUAUAUAUAUAUAUAUAUAUAUAUAUAUAUAUAUAUAUAUAGUGAAAAGUUUACACUCGUUUACAUUUGGUUUCUAUUAUCGAGAAAUCCAGAAUUUAGAAUGCUACAAAUACAGGAAUGCCAUUUUCCAUAGAGUCCUACUUAACGUAGAAUUAAAGUCGUUUCACACUUAGGGGCAGAUUUAUCAAGGGUCGAAUUUCGAGGGUUAAAAAACCCUCGAAUUAGACCCUCGAAGUUAAAAUGCUUCGAAUUCGAAUAUCAAAUUCAAAGUAUUUUAGCGCAAAAGCUUUGAUCGAAUGAUCAAAUAAAAAUCGUUCGAUUGAACAAUGAAAUCAUAUACACUAUAGUAGUACACUAUAUCGAUUCGAACGAUUUUAAGCGAUCGAUCGAAGGAUUUUUAUUCUACCAAAAAAAUUUCGAAAAGUGCUGGGGAAGGUCACCAUAGGCUAACAUUGGACUUCAGUAGGUUUAAUUUGGCGAAGUAUGAAGUCGAAGGUUUUUUUAAAGAGACAGUACUUCGAUUAUCGAAUGGUCAAACAAUUUUUACGUUCGAAUCGUUCGAAUCAUUCGAACCAAUUCGAUGGUCGAAGUACCCAAAAAAUUACUUCGAAAUUCGAAUAUUUUUUCAUUCGAAUUAUUCACUCGAGCUAAGUAAAUCUGCCCCCAGGGGUUGCCAACAACAUGGAUUAGUUUAGUUACCAUCAACAAUGAGGGAGUUCUUUUUUAUUAUAACAUUAAAGAAAGAAGAAUUAAUUGCUUAAAGGAGAAGGAAAGUCGUUAGGCACCCCCAAGUGAAUGUAUUUACUUACCUGAAACCUUGGGCCGGUGCUCCUAUCAGCAGAAAACUGCGGAGUUAUUCCAGUGAGCACCACAAAGCGAUCCUCUUCUGGCGUCUUCUAUCUUCUCAUGGCUGUGCAUGUGCAUUAGAGUGAAAAGUUGAACUUGAACUAAAAAGCCAGCUAUUUCAUUCUACUGCCCAUGCGUCUGCCCCUGGAAAUUUAAAGAAAGAUGAAGCCAAAAAAAGGAUCGAUCCGUGGUGCUUGCUGGUAUGACCCCAGGUACAGUUUUCUGCUGAUAGGAGCACCAGCCCGGGGGUUUCAGGUAAGUAAAUAUAUUCACUUGGGGGUGCCUAACAUUUGGCGACUUUCCUUCUAUUUUAAGCAAUUAAUUCUUCUUUCUUUAAUGUUCUAAUAAAAAAUAACUUCCUUAUACUUGAUGGUAACUAAACGAAUCCAUGUUGUUUGCAACACAAUCCUAUCGGAUUGUUUAUCUGGUAUCUUUAAUCUAUGGCACUCCAAAGUAAAUCCCGAAAGCAUUAGGUACCAAUCAUUCAGGAUAAUAGAUUCCAUAUCCGUAUUUAAAUAUGGUCUUUUUGUGGGUGUAUUUUAAAAUUCAAAUAAGGUACAUAUAUAUGAAAAACAUCUUUAUUUUUAGCCAUAUGGCGCUGACAAUAUAUGUAGCCGUUAUUAUAAUUAAUACAUAUUAAUGUUAUACUUAAUUAAAUGCUCUUUAAAUGUAUUUACCUUUCUGUAAAAUUUAAUUGUGUACCUAAUAAAAUAGGUUUAAGUAUUA